CGACCGCGGUACACCUGACGCAUUAUAAACCACUACAAUGGUUAGUUGUCGAAAGCCGCGCUGUUGGAUUAGCGUCGUGAUCGCGGCGGUGGUCGUGGCCGCGCUGGUGGCCUUGCUGGUGGUGCAGCCGUGGGCAGAGGACGGCAUCCACGCUCGGUACGCGCGCGCCGCCGUCGCCGCCAAUGGACACGAGUGCGCAGCUAUCGGACGCUCGAUACUUGAGAAGAACGGGAGCGCCGUCGACGCGGCGAUCGCCACGCUCUUCUGCGAGGGUCUAGGCUGCGCACAAUGUAUGGGCUUAGGCGGUGGCUUCUUGGCAACGGUGUACGACGCGAGCACGCGACGGGUGCGGGUCCUGAACGCGCGCGAGCGGGCGCCGCUGGCCACCACGGUCAACAUGUACGACAACGCGUCCUCCACAGUCGGCGGUCUCGCGAUCGCCGUUCCAGGGGAACUGCGAGGCUACGGCGAAUUAUAUCGGGAAUACGGCCGCUUGCCCUGGGCGGAGCUGGUCCGUCCAACAGCCGAGCUCUGCCGGAAGGGCCACCGAGUGACCGAGUACAUGGGGCGAGUGCUGGCGACCUACAGCGACAGGAUCAAGGCCGAGCCAUCCAUGAGCGAGUUGUACGUGAAUCCAGCGACGAGCGAAGUGUACAAGGAGGGCGACACAAUCGUGGAGCCGACGCUGGCGCGGACCCUGGACGUGAUCGCGGAGGAGGGUCCGGCGGCGAUGCACAACGGGUCGCUCACCGCCGCGCUCGUCCGCGACAUCGAGCGCUUCGGCGGGAUCAUCACGGAGGAGGACAUGAGGCAAUACAGGGUGGAGUGGCAAGAGCCAAUAUCGGUGCAGCUGUCCGACCAGCAUACAUUGUACUCGGUGCCGCUGCCAGGCUCCGGCUCCGUGUUGGCUUUCAUUCUCAACAUGCUGGCCGGGUGGGUCGGCGGCGAGGCCGCGCCGCGGGCCUCCGGCCUCUACUACCACCGCGUCAUCGAGGCCUUCAAGUACGCGUACGCCAAGCGCACCGGCCUCGGGGACGCUUCACGAUCCGACCUCACGUACUCCGUCACUGAGCUGGAGCGCAACCUAUCCGAUGCCGACUGGGCCCGCGCCUUCCGCGACCAAGUGAACGAUGACCACACCUUCAACGACUGGCAGCACUACGGCGCGCUGUUCGAGGGCGCCGACGACCACGGCACUGCACAGAUCGUCGUUAUAGCUCCUGACGGCAGCGCCGUCGCUGCCACCAGCACCAUUAACUACAUUUGGGGCAGCCAACGCCGUUCAACAAGCCUCGGCAUAAUGCUAAACAACGAGAUGGAUGACUUCGCGAUACCAAACCACGAGUCGGCGUACGGGAUGCCGCCGUCCCCUGCCAACAUGCUGGCGCCGGGCCUGCAGCCGCUGAGCUCCAUGGUGCCCAGCAUCGUGCUGAACCAGCGAGGGGAAGUCGAUCUGGUGCUAGGAGCCGCCGGCGGGACCAAGAUCACAACCCAAGUUGCUAUGACGGUGAUAAACACCAUCCUCGAGGGCAGCUCGCUCCCUGAAGUCAUGAACCGACCGCGCCUCCAUCAUCAGCUCAUGCCCAUGGAAGUGGAGCAUGAAUAUGAUUUCAAUGCGGACAUAAUAAAAGCGCUCCGAGCGAGAAACCACUCGACGACAGAGCUCGGCCGGACCGCCGGCUUCGCCGCCAUGGUCGGCGCCCAGCGCGACGGAGACGGCUACUUCGUGCCGAACACGGACAGGCGGAGAAUCGGCAGCAUCGACGGCUUCUAAUACCUACCAUAAUUAAUUCAACUAAUAAUAAAAGUAGUGGCUCUGUGAGCUGUAGACCUCGCGAGCCCCCAUGGCUCAUCACCAUUGAAGUAUAAUAUCUAAGGACGGGCCCUAAAAAUGGUACUUGUUCAGCGGCGUUACUCACGAAUCCCAGCCAAUCGUGCAGUAGCACGCAACAAGCUGCCACCAAUAGCGCGCGUAAUGCGAACUCAUCAACCAAUCGCGUUGUAGCGGUUUCACACUGUACUGGCCCCUGUCAUGCCUCUACUAUUAUUGCCCGUAAAGCCUGUCCCUAGAUAUCUAUGUCAAUGCUCACUACUGUCAAAAUAAUUCUUAAUAACUAAAUCGACAAAUCCAUAUAAUUAUCGAACAAAAUUUUGACGAGAAUUGGUUGCGAAGUGUUAAGGAAAGUCAGAUAGCCUGCAAACAGCUGGACAAGCAUACAAAAGCAUUUUUGCCUAAGGGUGGUAUUCCACCUGUCCAAUGUGUAUUUUGUCUCAGAUUUUGCUCAAUUAGAGAAUGAGACGGAUGACAUUGGACAGAUGGAAUACCACCCUAAGCUGAAGCGGAGCGCUUGCUCGCUCAAAAAUAAAUAUCUUUAUAGAGAUGUGAGAUAUCUCAACCCAUUCUCAACCAAAUGCUCGGUAGGUGCAACUGCUGUUACUGGGGGCUUUCCUUUGUGGUGAUGCCGGUGACAUUAGAUAGAAGACGUUACUAGACGUCGUGCCAAUUUAUACACCGCGAAGUCUUUAUACUUAUUUCAAUAUAGGUAAAGGAUUUUUUAAAUUAAAAGCUACAAGCUUUUUUAAGAAGAACUCAAGGCAAUAGACGUAAACAUUUUCAGUAUUUCAAAAUAGUCUAUCACACCAUUUGUACCUAGUCUUUAAACACAAUAAUCUUCACAAGGUAAUGUAUAAACACUAUAAUAGCUUGGAUGCUGGGUUAAAGUUACUUAGAAAGAGCAUUAGCAGAACGUCCAUAGAACAGGGUUCGCUUUUUGUAACCUAAAACAAAAUAGGAUAAGGUUCUUAUAAUUUCCAAGUCCUUUGGAAAGCUUUGAGUUUGAGGAAAUUCGUAUUGGCGUUUCUUUAAUACCGCGAAGUGUUAAGUACCCACGUGGUACCCACAUAUACGUUUCGCAUGCACACAAGUGAUAUCUAAGUCAUAACUUGUCGAAAUCGUUCAAGAGGGCCUCCAGAAUCGCGGAAACGUCAAAUUUGACAUAUCUAUCUUACAAAUAUCUUUAAAUUAUCCAUAUCGUAACUUGUUGAGGUCUAGUAGAGAUCUAAUACAUUUUCAGAAUCGAGCCGUUAGGUACAAUUAAAGGUAUUAGAAAAGCGUUAAUAUAAAACAAAGCUCGCAAAUAUGUUGUUUUUGGUAUCAACAUAAAAAUUUAAGUUGUUUACCUUUCACAAAAAUAUGUAUAAGAUCUCAAAUAAAUACCUUAUUUAAAGGUAUAAUUCUAUAUAUAUUUCAAAAAUAACCCAUGUAAAUAAUUUUACAAAGAAUAAAAUAUGUUGUACAGCUUGGC